GCUCCAUAUUUUCUCUCUAAUGGCACAUGGAUGUUAAAACGUACUCAGUAUUUUAUUAAACGAUACGUACAUACCAUUAAUUUAUAAAGUAAAAAUGUCAGUACCCGACAAAGUGUUGAUGCGGAAAAUAAAGAAAAGGGAGAAUAAGAAACUGGAGAUUUUAAAAGAACGAGAGAAGCAGCUGAAGAACGUGAAAGAUGAUACUAUAAAUGAGAACUCGAACAGUACUGCUGGAGAACAAGAAAUAGACGUUUCCGAAAGACUGAAACGACGUUGCACGGAAGAAGGAGGAUCACAGAAAAAGAAAAAGAAAAAAGUGAAGAAUGAUGAAUUAGUAGAGAAUGAAGAUGAUAGCGAUAAGUCUGUAGAAUCUACCAAUCGUUCGAAUGGCAAGUACUUAACUGAAGAUAAUGCCACUGUCGAAUCUGAAAGAUUACCAGGAUCUACGAUAGGUUUAGAAAUAGCAAACGACACAAGUUUCAAAGUGUUAGAAGGAACAGUCUGUGAGAAUACUCGGAAAGCAAUAGAAGAUAUGGGCUUUACGAACAUGACUGAGAUACAAGCAAAAUCCAUUCCACCUCUGUUAGAAGGAAGGGAUUUAGUUGGUGCUGCCAAAACAGGAUCUGGAAAGACUCUCGCAUUUUUAAUACCAGCCGUUGAAUUAAUUUAUAAAUUAAAGUUCAUGCCUCGAAACGGUACUGGCUGCAUUAUUAUAUCUCCAACGAGGGAAUUAUCUAUGCAAACAUUCGGAGUUUUGAAAGAACUGAUGAAAUAUCAUUAUCAUACAUAUGGUUUGCUAAUGGGAGGUGCUAAUAGGCAAACUGAGGCUCAGAAACUGGCCAAAGGAAUUAAUAUCGUUGUGGCUACACCUGGAAGAUUAUUGGAUCAUCUACAAAAUACAUCCGAUUUUCUAUACAAAAAUCUUCAGUGUCUCGUUAUCGACGAAGCUGAUCGUAUUUUAGACAUUGGUUUCGAAGAAGAACUCAAACAGAUCAUUAACAUUUUACCGAAAAAGAGGCAGACUAUGUUGUUCAGUGCAACACAGACUAAGAAGACGGAGAUGCUAAUGAAAUUAGCUUUAAAGAAGGAACCAGUCUAUGUCGGUGUCGACGACGAUAAGGAAAAGGCGACAGUGGAAGGUUUGGAACAGGGUUACGUCGUGUGUCCCAGUGAGAAGAGAUUCCUACUUCUGUUCACUUUCUUGAAAAAGAAUAGGAACAAGAAAGUUAUGGUUUUCUUCAGCUCGUGCAUGUCCGUGAAAUAUCACCAUGAACUUCUAAAUUAUAUCGAUUUGCCAGUAUUAAGUAUACAUGGAAAACAGAAGCAAACGAAGAGAACAACGACGUUCUUCCAAUUUUGUAACGCUUCUACGGGUAUACUUCUUUGUACCGAUGUAGCUGCGCGUGGUCUCGAUAUUCCAGCUGUUGAUUGGAUCGUACAAUACGAUCCUCCGGAUGAUCCUAAGGAAUAUAUUCAUCGUGUUGGUCGAACUGCUCGAGGAGAAGGCAGCAGUGGUCACGCCUUGUUAAUCUUAAGGCCGGAGGAACUCGGUUUCCUUCGUUAUUUGAAACAAGCCAGAGUACCUGUAAACGAAUUUGACUUUUCGUGGAAUAAAAUUGCUGAUAUUCAGUUACAGCUUGAGAAAUUGAUCACAAAAAAUUACUUUUUAAACAUGUCAGCUAAAGAAGCGUUCAAAGCUUACGUGAGGGCAUAUGAUUCUCAUCAUUUGAAACAAAUCUUCGAUAUCGAAACGCUGGAUCUAGCAAAAGUUGCUAAAUCAUUUGGAUUCCUGGUUCCACCAGCCGUAGAUUUAAAAGUGGGAGUGAGUAAAAAUUCACGGCCACGAAAGAGAAUAGGCGGAGGCGGUUACGGGUAUUUUAAAAACGUGAACAAUCCAAAUUCGGAGAAGCAAUUGAAACGCAGCAAAUCUUUCCGGCAAGUGAACAAACGUGACAAGGAUAAUCGACAGUUUGCCAGAUGACUAUAAAUAUAUGCGUGCAAGAUUUGUAUACAAGACGUGGUCGCUGACCGACUGCUGCGCGCUGUCUAAUGAACUGAGUUUGGAAGAUCAUUGUGUUCUUGUACAUAUUUAGCACUCAGUUUGAACGCAGUGAAACGUAUUCAAGAACAAUAAAUGUUUUUUAAAUAAAAUUUAA